AGAACAGCAAAACGCCUCAUCCGCCGUUGAAUUAGGUGUCCGUCCCCCGGACCCGUACAUUUCCACCGUCAAUCUACUUUCUCACUUUCCUCCUUUUGGACCAAAACCCCAAACGAUCCGUCUCCUCCACCGCCUUCCAUGCUCUCUCUUCCAUCUCACACCUCUCCCCGCAAAUUCCCCGGCCAACCUCCGAUCAGCUCGCUUCUCGCAUUCUCCUUCUAGUAACUUCCAUGAAUAAUUCAGAUCACUUCGUUUAGUUUCAUCCUUCCAAGUGAGAAGUAAAUAUGGAUGUUGAGAAUAAGUAUGAUGAUUCAAGGAUGCGGGGUUUUCGACCGAGUUUCAGAGCUUUGACUCUUAUAAUUGUUGUGAUUUGGAUUGGUGUUGCUGCGUUGUAUGCUUUAUUGAAGCCUAUAUCAAAUGGUUGUAUCAUGACAUACAUGUAUCCGACAUAUAUACCGAUUUCCACUACUGGAGGGGAAACCUCUGCAAAGUAUGGAUUGUAUUUGUAUCAUGAAGGUUGGAGAAAGAUUGACUUUCAGGAGCACUUAAAGAAGCUCAGUGGUGUACCUGUUCUUUUCAUUCCUGGGAAUGGUGGUAGCUACAAACAGGUUCGUUCUGUGGCAGCUGAAUCUGAUAGGGCUUUUCAAGGAGGUCCACUUGAGCACACAUUCUAUCAGGAAACUUAUCUAACCCCUGAGGAGGGAGGGGCAGAUAUGGAUAUAGCUUCCUUUCAAUUACCCAACCGAUAUAGUUACAGGCUAGACUGGUUUGCUGUGGAUCUUGAAGGUGAACAUUCUGCAAUGGAUGGGCGGAUACUUGAAGAGCACACAGAAUAUGUUGUAUAUGCAAUUCACAGGAUUUUGGAUCAAUACAAAGAAUCCCGUGAUGUGAGAGAAAGAGAAGGAGCUGCAGGAACUGGAAGUUUGCCGAAAAGUGUCAUUUUGGUUGGUCACUCUAUGGGUGGUUUUGUUGCUAGAGCUGCAACCAUCCACCCUCGUUUGAGGAAAUCAGCUGUUGAGACUAUUCUCACUCUUUCAAGCCCCCACCAAUUUCCCCCUGUGGCAUUGCAGCCAUCUUUAGGUUGCUAUUAUGAAAGUAUAAAUGAGGAAUGGAGAAAGGGAUAUGAGGUCCAAACCUCUCGAACAGGACGUUAUGUGUCUGAUCCAGUCCUCUCUCAUGUUGUUGUUGUCUCCAUAUCUGGUGGUUAUAAUGAUUAUCAGGUAAGGUCAAAGUUGGAAACACUUGAUGGUAUAGUGCCUCCUACUCAUGGUUUCAUGAUAAGUAGUACUGGCAUGAAAAAUGUAUGGUUGUCUAUGGAACAUCAAGCUAUUUUGUGGUGUAAUCAACUAGUAGGGCAAGUUUCACAUACUCUCCUUAGUUUGAUAGACUCCAGAACAGGCCAGCCUUUCACUGAUACUCGACAAAGACUGGCAAUAUUCUCGAGGCUGCUCCGUAGUGGGAUACCACAGAGUUUCAAUUGGAAGAUGCAAUCACAGUCAUCAUGGUCAACCAAUGUUGUUAAGGAUGUAAAAAAUCCUUCUGGUUCUCAAUUGCACACUUUAUCAGGUUGUCCUAGCAAUGUCCACUGGAAUGACGAUGUCCUUGAGAGGGAUUUGUACAUUCAGACAACUACAGUCACUAUUUUGGCCAUGGAUGGGAGGAGGCGGUGGUUGGACAUUCGAAAAUUGGGUUCAAAUGGAAAAAGCCACUUCAUCUUUGUGACAAACCUUGCUCCAUGUUCCGGAGUUAGACUUCAUCUGUGGGCUGAAAAGGGAACACCAAAUUCAGAUUUGCCUGCUAGUAAGAAGAAGGUUUUAGAAGUUACAUCAAAGAUGGUGCAGAUUCCAGCAGGACCAGCACCAAGGCAGAUUGAGCCUGGAAGUCAGACUGAGCAACCACCUCCAUCUGCUGUGUUUCAGUUGCGUCCUGAGGAAAUGAAUGGUUUUAGAUUCCUGACAAUCUCGGUUGCACCUCGUCUGACUGUUUCAGGCCAACCUCCACCAGCUAAUUCUAUGGCAGUUGGGCAGUUCUUUAAUCCUGAAGAAGGGAACACAGAGUUAUCUCCUAAAUCGAUGCUUCUAGCUGCCUAUUCUCAUAAGGAUAUCUUUCUGAAGGAGGACCACCCCCUUGUGUUUAAUCUGUCAUUUGCUACUAGCUUAGGCCUAUUGCCUGUUACUUUGUCAUUAAAAACGGCAGGCUGUGGAAUAAAAAAUUCUGGCCUUCCUGGUGAAGAGGCUGAUGAUGCAGAAAACAGUAGGCUCUGCAAACUGCGCUGUUUCCCUCCUGUUGCGCUUGCUUGGGAUCCUACAUCCGGUCUUCAUGUAUUUCCAAAUUUGCAAAGUGAGACUAUUGUUGUUGAUUCCUCUCCAGUGCUUUGGGGUUCUACCACGUUGGAGAAGACCACUGUUCUGUUACUGGUUGAUCCACAUUGUUCAUACCAGACUAACAUAGCCAUUUCUCUCUCUGGAGCAGCAAGCAGAUUUUUGCUUCUAUAUGGUUCACAGAUGGUUGGCUUCUCUAUUGCUGUCAUAUUUUUUGCCCUAAUGCGGCAAGCACAUACACGGCCAAUUCCAUCUAUACUGGAAGUCAUGGAGUCCAACUUAAGAAUACCAUUUCCAUUUUUGGCUUUAUCUAUUGUACCAAUUUUGAUUUCCCUGUUCCUGUCCUACCUGAUAUCUCAAGCACUUCCUCCAUUUAUGAGCUUCACCGUAAUCUCAGUUAUUUGCUACUUGUUUGCAAACGGGUUUGUAAUCCUACUGAUAUUGGUAUCUCAGUUGGUCUUCUAUGUGGCUGCCUAUUUGCAUGUUUUCAUCAAGAGGAGAUGGCAACUCUGGGAAGGAAACUUCUGCUUCUCAUUUCUUCAAUGGUUUAUUAAUCUUUGCUCUGGUUUUCUUUCUUUAAAGGUUAUAGGAGUUCUAAGAGCCAAUCCAUUAUAUGUUCCUGUAUCAGCUGCUAUUACUCUUUCCACCUUUGUUCAUCCUGCUUUAGGCUUAUUAAUUCUCCUUUUAUCUCAUGCUUUAUGCUGUCAUGAUGCAUUGUGCAAUUCUUUGAUAGCUUCCUUCCGCACCCAUGCACGAAGAAUGGAACUGAGUGAUCAUAAAGCCCAAGGCAAUUAUCGGUCUCAGCAGUUUGCAUCCAAACCUGGCUCCCCUUCAAAAGAGAACAGCUCUAGUUAUGGGCAAACGCAAGAAGAUAUCUUUCACUAUCGGCAUGGCUUGCUGGUCCUGCAUCUUCUUGGAGCACUUAUGUUUGUCCCCUCACUGAUAUCUUGGUUGCAGAGAAUAGGGAUGCAUCAAAGCUUUCCACGGUUCGUGGAUUCAUCACUUUGCAUUUGCUUAAUCCUUCACGGCAUCUUCAGUUCAGAGCCUCUGUUUGAUUACUCCUUUUCCUUUCCUCGUGUCCUGGGUCAGAAAGUUAGAUUGAACUUUAUCUACCUACUUGCCGGACUCUGCUCCUUUAUCUCUGCUCUGGCCUCAACACCAUAUAAAGCUUUCUACGCCAUUGGGGCCGUUGGGGCCAUUUCCUUUGCUUUGAGCAUCUCACCGCGGUGGACAGGAGCACCCCGCCUUGGCAGAAGAAGAUAUUCACUAAAACGCUAGAAUAAUUGCCUUUGAAAGAUUAUUCAAGCAGCCACUCACGAUCCUAAUUCACAGUCAUCUGUAAUCGUCAGAUCAGAGCUAUGUGGUUCAUCCUGAACCGUGACUUUCUCUCACAAUGAAAUUGGCAUUUGCUGACAGGUUAAAAUGCAUUAUCAUAGAAAGAAAAGAACUUUGUUGUUGUGAUCUUAAAAAUGGCUCGAGCCUAGAGGCCACCAACAUUGGAUACUCUUGGCCAAUUAACCCAUUUUGUUUUUAGGUUGAGAAUUGAGUGAGUUGCUUUCUAGGAGGUUCAUUUUGUACAUUAAAGACAACAUUUCAGUAACAUGAGUCCAAGCUUACUUGAUUGGAGAUAAUCGGCUCUCAUUUCAUCGGCCCCAUCUUGAUGUCUAAGACUCUUAAAAAUUUGAACUGUUUUUGUCCUUUUCAGAAGAAAAUUGCUUGGAUUGGAGAAACGAACAAAGGGACAGAGGGAAAGAAAUUGCUCAAAUUACU